AUGGGCGAUCCAGCCAGUGUCGCCCAAAGAAUUCGAAAGAAAUUUAAGAAACGUGAUCCGGAUUCCAAGAAGAAGCUUGAAAAGGAGCUAGAAGAAGAUGUAGAAAUAAAGGCAUAUCGUUAUCUGAACCCAGACAACUGGUUCUCUACCUUGGACCCCCUUGGCGAAUUAUUUGUUUUCGGUGAAAAUGUUGUGACAAUUGGAUUUCUGGAAAUAAAAAAGCCAGAAUCGUAUAGUCAAAUGAAGUGGGGUAUGUUCGUUCGAGCCCUCGUAAAAACUGACGAAUACUUUCAAGAGCUGGAAUUCGAGGACGCGAGUGAGCACUUGAGAUUGAACAUUUGGUUCCGAGCAGUAACAAGAGCUAUCGUAGUCGAGACGCAACGACAACGAUUGCUUGGAGCUGAGAAACUAUGUUUGAGAGAAAUGUACCGUAAACUGAAAGCCGAAUUCCUAGAAUUGGGAUAUAAAGUAUAA